GCGGGAGCGCCGCGCUCCCGAAAGUCGCCAGGCUGCCGGCAGCCGAGCAUGUUCGCCUCGAGAGCGGCGCCCGUACGAGCGCCAGGCCGCCCUCCCUGCCCCGCCGCCGCGGCCAGCCCCGCGCCCCGGCCAGACUGGGCCGGGGGCUCGGCUCGGCUGCGGGCCGCCCCCGGCUCCCGCGCUGUCCGCUGCCCCAGUUGACCCCGCUGCCGGAGCCUCAGACCUGGGCACCACCGCCACGGUCCAGGCACUCGAAGAAGCCCCUCUCCUCCGAGGUGGAGCUGCGGGGACACUUUUUGGGGGCCAUAGACAUGAAAACUGGAGCCUCUGUCUAGAGAAAUGCAACUUUGCAACCAUUUUCAGGGUAUUGUACUCUCUGAAGCACAAUAAUCCCUGCUCUUCCAUCUUCAUUGGCUUUUGAUCUACAUUGCUAAUGGAAUUCGGACAGUGCACAGCAGGGACAGCUUGGCUCUGCUUCACGAUGUCUGGGGCCUCGGAUGGAAGAAUCACAAGCUUGGGGCUGGAAUCACCUGCAGGCUCAUUCAUUCCCAUGUCUGGUGGUUGAUGCUCGCUGUGGACUGAGACCUUAGCUGUGGAUGUCAGCUGGAUCCUUUGUGUGGUGGCUUCUUCCUGUCACCCGCUUCCUCACAAAAUGGUGGCUGGAUUUCACAGCAGCAUCUCACUUUCAUCAGCACUGUUGAAAGAAGAAGAAAAAAUGCCAGUCCUCUCUCCGGAAAUCAAAUUUGCUACUUCUAAUGUCACCAGAAAUUCCCUUGACAGUUGUUUUCUUUUUGAGAGUAGCUGGAGGAAAGCAGUUUUAGAAACACAAAAGAUGAAGAAAGAAUACACCACAGCAUUUGGUCUAGAAGAGUUCAAAGAAUGUGUCAAAAUGCCAUAUUUACCAAGACUGCAGAGUUGCCCAAAAAGUGUAAGUUCAACUCCACUGGAAGUUCAUCCAAGACUGCUUCAUGCUAACACCGAGAUGCCUCCAGUCAGGAUAAGGAAGACUAAGGAGGCCUGCACCGUGGUACCACUUCAGGAGAAACCAAAGAGAUUUUUAAGGCAUUCUAAUUCUUCAAUCAAUUUUGGUUCUGGCUUCAGCGAUCCUCUUGCUGGAGCAUCAUCUCAAUACUUACAGAGACUUUCCAAAAUGGCCAUAUUGGAGUAUGAUACCAUUCGUCAAGAAACUACUAGAAAAUCCAAAAAGAGCAAGAAACGAUACCUGCGAGACUGCUGAUAAGUAUCACAUGGUGCAAUGGUUUCUUCACUGAUGUCUAAGGUUUAUAUAUCUUUUCCUUUCUUUUUCUUUUUUUGAUAUGUAAUAUGUGCAAUGAUUUACAUAAAAA